AGCGGGGCCGGGGCCGAGUCGGAGGGAGACUGUCUGCAAGGAGGAGACAAGAUGGCGGCGGCAAGGGAGGCUGAGGGAGAGUGCCGGCCGCCAUCUUGAAUUCAUCGCUCCUGGCCCCAGACAGUCCCCAUUACGGGCAGGGCAGGGCGGAGACGGCGCCAGUGGGGGAGGCUCGCCCCUCCCCUCCUUCCCCGUGUUGUGCCCAGUUGUCCUGCUCGGCUGCUCGAGGGCCAGCUCCAGCCCCGCAGCCUCCCGCCCCACCGCCGUAGCUUUUGACGGGCUGGGCGGCUUUUCCAGGCGAUUCCGCUGCCAACGAUGCGGUUAAACGAUGUCCCGUCUCCGCGGGGCACGAGCAGCGCACACAACCGCCCCCAGGCUCCUCUGCAAAGGGGGGCCAUAUUGCAGUUGGCGCCAGAGUUUAUUCAAGGGACUCUCUUUUUUUGGGGGGGGGAGUGUGUGGACAACCAUAUACAGUAUACAUAAUACUUCAUGCCAGGAAAUAUAGGUGCCUGGCUCUCCAUGCUGGGGAAGACCAACUGGCUUCAUUGUGAAGGGGGUGCGGGGUCGCUUGACAUCUUCCAUAGGGUGUUAACACUUUCGCGGGGUAGAGGUGGCGCAACGCUAGAAACCAAAUUAAAAAUGCCACACUAGGCAGGCUUAGUACAUUUUGCAGUCUUCAUCUUAAGCUCACCCAAUUGAAAAGGAAAAGGCAGUUUUCUCUGGGUAACCCACAGUGCAGCCUCUGGGAGUUUCACUCACGUGUUAGGAUGUCAGACAAAGUGCCUCAAGACAUUUCUGACUGAUGAGAGUUAAAGGCCAUGGAUGAAGAUGGGCUUGAGCUACAGCCACAUGACCCACAUGCGUUUUUUGAUCCUACAGGAACUGAUGGAACACAUUUGAAUGGAAAUGAGAUUGUUGUUGAAAUACAGGAAACAGUCUAUGUCUCAGAUGUGGAGGAUUCUGACAUAACAGUUCAUAACUUUGUCCCAGAGGAUCCUGAUUCUGUAGUAAUCCAGGAUGUAAUUGAGGACGUUGUUAUAGAAGAUGUUGAGUGUCCAGAUAUCAUGGAAGAUACUGAUGUAUCUCAAACUGUUAUUAUGCCUGAACCAGUGCUGGACACUGAUGUCACUGAGGAAGUGUCUUUAGCACACUGCACUGUUCCAGAAGAUGUUUUAUCCUCUGAGAUCACAGCUUCAGCAAUGUCGAUACCUGAGCAUGUGCUCACAAGUGCGUCAAUGCACGUACCUGAUGUUGGACAAUUGGAACAUGUUGUUCAUGAUCAUAGUAAUGUUGUAGAAGCAGAAAUUGCCACAGGUUCUCUGGGAGAAGAUGUAGUUUCUGAAGUUUUGGUAGCAGAUUGUGCCUCUGAAGCUGUAAUUGAUGCCAGUGGAAUACCUGUGGAACAUGAUAAUGACAAGGGCAACUGUGAAGACUACCUUAUGAUUUCCUUGGAUGAUGCUGUCAAGGCAGAAACUGAUGAUUCUGUUGACCUGACAAGAAAAACUGUGUCAGAAAAUGAUCCUUGUAAAAUGGAUGGCAUUUGCCCAGAAGUCAUCAAGGUGUACAUUUUCAAAGCUGAUCCAGGGGAAGAUGACUUAGGAGGCACAGUAGAUAUUGUGGAAAGUGAAUCUGAAAAUGACAAUGGAGACACAUUAAUGAAUCAAAAUAGCAGUGUUCGCAUUCCAAGGGAAAAAAUGGUUUAUAUGACAGUAAAUGAUUCCCAGCAUGAAGAUGAAGAUUUAAAUGUUGCAGAAAUUGCUGAUGAGGUAUAUAUGGAGGUAAUUGUAGGAGAGGAAGACGCAGCAGCUGUUCACGAACAGCAAAUUGAUGAGAAUGAUAUUAAAAGCUUUAUGCCGAUAGCUUGGGCAGCAGCUUAUGGUAAUAACACAGAUGCAGUUGAAAACCGAAAUGGAACAGCUAGUGCUCUCUUGCACAUAGAUGAGUCUGCUGGUCUUGGAAGGCUAGCAAAACAAAAACCAAAGAAAAGGAGGAGAUUGGAAUCCAGACAAUAUCAAACAGCAAUAAUAAUUGGGCCCGAUGGCCAUCCUUUGACAGUCUACCCCUGUAUGAUUUGUGGGAAGAAGUUUAAAUCUAGAGGCUUCCUGAAAAGGCACAUGAAAAACCACCCUGAGCACCUUCUUGCUAAGAAAAAAUAUCGAUGUACUGACUGCGAUUACACUACAAAUAAAAAGUUAAGUUUGCAUAACCAUCUAGAGAGCCACAAGCUUACUACCAAGACCGAGAAGCUAAUUGAAUGUGACGAAUGUGGGAAAAGUUUCUCUCAUGCAGGAGCUUUGUUUACACACAAGAUGGUGCACAGGGACAAGGCAGCCAACAAAAUGCACAAGUGCAAAUUCUGCGAGUAUGAGACAGCAGAGCAGGGAUUACUGAAUCGUCACCUUCUGGCUGUGCACAGCAAGAACUUUCCACACAUUUGUGUGGAAUGUGGCAAAGGAUUUCGGCAUCCGUCAGAGCUCAAGAAACACAUGCGAAUCCACACCGGUGAAAAGCCCUACCAGUGCCAAUAUUGUGAGUAUAGAUCGGCUGACUCUUCCAACCUGAAAACUCACGUAAAGACUAGACACAGUAAGGAAAUGCCCUUCAAAUGUGACAUUUGUUUUCAGAUAUUUUCAGAUACCAAAGAGCUGCAACAGCACAUCAUUAUGCAUCAAGAAAGCAAAACACAUCAGUGUCUGCACUGUGACCACAAAAGUUCAAACUCGAGUGAUUUAAAGCGACACAUAAUUUCCGUUCACACAAAGGAUUACCCCCAUAAGUGUGACAUGUGUGACAAAGGCUUUCACAGGCCCUCAGAACUGAAAAAACAUGUUGCAGUGCACAAAGGCAAAAAAUUGCACCAGUGUAGACAUUGUGACUUUAAGAUUGCAGAUCCGUUUGUUCUAAGUCGCCAUAUUCUCUCAGUUCACACAAAGGAUCUUCCGUUCAGGUGCAAGAGAUGUAAGAAGGGCUUCAAGCUGCAAAUGGAACUCAAAAAACACAUGAAAACACACAGUGGUAGAAAAGUUUAUCAGUGUGAGUUCUGUGAGUAUAGCACUACAGAUGCCUCAGGUUUCAAACGGCAUGUUAUUUCCAUUCAUACAAAAGACUACCCUCACCGUUGUGAGUUCUGCAAAAAAGGCUUCAGAAGACCUUCAGAGAAGAACCAGCACAUUAUGCGGCAUCAUAAAGACUUGGGCUGCCGUGAGGACUCCUUAUUCUAUGAAAUUUAGAAGGGUGUGUGUAAAAGAUUCGCUUUCUAGGCAGUCAUUGUAUUAUAAAGCAGAUCACACAAACAAACUAGCGUGCAUUUGAUUUAGUGCUGUAUACAGAUAGGAUUAUUGCUUCUAGUUGACUUUUAUACAUUUUGUUCAUUAGUGUGUUCUGAAUUCUCUUCCGUUUAAUAAAUGAGGAAGGAUAGCAACAAUAAAGUUGCAUUUAAUAAAGUAAACCCUGUCUCAAAAUGAAUUUUUCAACCACAUUUGUUCUCUGAAAUAUUUACCUUACUGACAUGGUUCAUAUUCAGUGACCAUAUUAACAGUUUUGUCAUGAGUUAAAGAUAUAUUUUUAAUUUGCUCUUAAUAAAGCAGUCAUAAAAAGAUUGUAUAAAAUAAACUGGAGGAAAUUAAUGUAAGAAGAUAACAUUGUACCAUAGGACCCACUUAUUGUUUCAUCUGAUAUUUAAAAAUUUGUGACACAAUCUUCAUUUGAGUAGUUACUCAUUACUAUUCUCCAUCAUUUGGAGUUCUUUUUACAUAAUGUUUAAUUCUUCCAUGAUAAGUAAUAGUUGGUUGCUGGGAGCAUUUAUUUUCAGGAAGUGUGAAUUUAAAACUUCAGGCAUUUGUUCAUACAUAUUAACUACAUGCUUCUCUUUUGGUUCUGUAUUACAAAUGCAUUUGUGUUUUGAAACUUAUUGCUGAUUCAUAGUGCAUAUGGAUACAUUUGUUUCAGUUGUUGGCAGGAUCAAUUGACGGUUGUUAAGGUUACCCCAAAUUAAAAAUCAUUUUUGUUACAAGACUCCAUGAAAUAUUUGGUCCAAUCAUAUUUUUAACUAUCCACCAGCAGCUUUGGACAGCUUUUCAAAGAAUAUAAACUGUAUAAAGGGAGCACAUUAGAUGGAUCAAUAAAGAAUAGAAACGGAUGCUAUCUUCAUGAAGAACUUGUUUUCCAGCAACUUUUUGUAUAUUUUCUCUAUUACUCUCUUAGGAACACAGGGUGAUAUCCAAUGUUUCUCCCUCAGCUGAUGGAAGGAGUCGAUGUCGCUAGGCAAACAAGGCAGUUUUCAUUGAUUCCUCCUCCCCAGUGCAGCCCCUCCAAAAUCUACUGUGGAGAGUCCUCAAACUUCCAGAGCAGAUUUUGAUGGAGCACAGAGAGCUAUGAGGAGGAGUAAUUGUCUCCUUCCCCCUGUGAAACAUUAGAUGUCACAGCUUUUCUUAAAGAAUCGUUUCAGUAACAAGCGUGUAGUGGUCCUUCCAAUCAGUUUAUUAAGUAGUAAUUAUCUAGUGUUUGUCUAGUUCUUCCUUAUCCAUUUAUACCCUUCUGGAUAGAUGUUGCAAUGAUCAGCUGUGCUCUGAAAGCUAAGGCUGCCACAACCUGCUUCACGGCCAACAAUGUACUCUUAUGAAUUUGCAAAGUGCAGUAAAACAGGGUGUGGCGGGGACUCCAAAGCAUGCUGUAAGGGAUGACAUCUUAGUGAACGUACAUAGUCUGGUGUGUUUGGCUUGUUGGCUUCUUCAACCCCUUCCCUUCUGUUUUGGUCCCAAAAGUACACUGGUCAAAUAUAAUGAGAUGAGACGCAAGUUCCAAAUGAACAGUUUUUCCUCUGUACUUCCUUCACCUCUCAUCAGAAACACAAUAUCCCUAUGUGGCCAGAAAAUACAAUGUCUGUACAUUUCUUCAAAUAAAUACCUCAGUAUUCCUGGGUUGAUUGGUUUUGCUUAAUGGAAACAAGAAUUACUUGAGACAGCCAUAUGUAAACAUAAACACUUGAUAUGCUAACAUAAAACGUUUUGUUUUAUACAAACCUAAGUGUGUCGGAUUUAUGUGCAGCUAUGUUUGUUUCUGACCUUUUGUGUUUGGACUGUUGCAUGUUCACCAAACUCCUGGAAUAGAUAGUGGGGACCUCUAGUAAUCAAAUGCACUCAUGACUUCUGCUCCAAGAUGCACAUGGCCAUUUCUUUAUCUUUUAGUAGAUUUAAGCAGCGCUUGUAUAGAAUCCUGUAAAAGAUUCUAGGUGGUUUCUUUACUGUGGGAUUAUGGCCUGAAAGCCUGGUCCUAAAAGCACUUGUACUCAUUGAUUCAGUGGAAACUUAGGUGCCUCAAUUUUCUGCCCAGAUUUCCAAGUCCUGCCCAGAUUUCCAAAUAAUUUACAAAAGUUAUUUUCAAGCCUGUUAAAAAGUUAGUAAACCUCAAAUUCUCAGUCUGCUGCUGAAAAGUAUUAUCCAUAUUGAAAAACUCUUCUUGGACAAUUAGUCAAAUUAAGAACAAAAAAGUGACCCACUUCCUAUUUUUGUAACAUCAUCUGGAAUCGUAAAUACUUGUUUUGAAGCAUAAUUUUGGAAACGUAUGCAAUUAAGAGUUUAGUGAAGUGGAUUUUGUACAAUGUAUCUGUAAAAAGAGCAAAUCAAAACUAGUUAUUGUUAAUGUAAUAAUAGUUACAGGCUAGUUUUAUUUGAUUAGCAAAUGCUAUAAAAUUGAUGUUUCAGUUCCAUGUUUUAAAUGGUACAUUAAAAAAAAAACCAACUGAGAACAUAAUAUAAAUAAUUGUUCUGUAAAAAUGCUUGUUAAAUACUAUAUGUCCCUCCCUGUGUACACUUUGUAAAAAAAGAAAAAGAAAAAUAGAGUCCUAUAUAGGGAUGUGUAACGUUGUAUUGUGUACUUGAUGAUAAUGUGAAAAAAAUAAAAAUCAGACUAUUUUCCUGUUAAUGAA